AUGAACAUCCCCCAAGACAUCAUUCCCCGCUGUGUAAGCCGCAUGGGGUUCACAGCCGAACCUUCAACGCACAACUUGCCAGCUCGUCCCCUUAGCACAAUCUUCUUCGGUGACCCCUGCGACGAGUCGAUGCUCGAAGAAGACAUCUCCGACGAGCUCAAGAGUGGCUCUCUCCCGUUCAUGAUACCCUUCAACGAAAGUGACAGUGAGGACUCGGGCCACCACUUCGACACUGUGGACUUGGGAAACGUGUCUUUGUCGUCCGAGUCAACGUUCACAACGUCCCCACCGGCCACAUCCUCCCUACUCAUGCCCAACACCCCUCUGCCACACCAACCACGACUCCUGGUCACCUCUAUCCCCCCACAUGUUCCCUGUGGCCCAUUCAACGAGCCAUGGACAGAGGACGACGAGGCCACAGUCAACUUUGCCGAGCUCUCUCUCAGCUCCCGCGUGCGUAUCGCCCGAACCCCACAUGAACCCGAGGAGAACAAGGAUGCCGGAGCCAUCGCUGCCGACGCUGCUGAUGACACCACGUCCGUGGCCGAGGACCCGAUGCUCACCUACCACGGGCCUUCCGACACUGCGAUCCAGUGGCUCGUACACUUCUGGCGCUCCCGCCGGGAUUUCUGGCGGGAGCGCGAGUGGCUCGAGAACACAAGAGAUGCGUACGGCGGAAUAGCGGACGAGGACGAGUUCGGUGUACUAGUGCCGCCUCAGACUCCCAAGCGGCCACCACCGAGCCCUGUCUUGUCCACCGUUCCUCUCCCCGAUCCCCAAGCCCCCGCACUUGUGCCUGCGCCGACGCCCACUCCACCAACACCACACCCAGCAGCUACCCCGUGCACAUACCCGCGACAAGGCUCCCUCGCCGCGCUGCACGACCCCAGUGCCCACACAUUCGACGCCGCGGCGCAUGCCGUCCCCCUACACAUGCUCCGCACGGCCGAGGUCCGAUGGUUCCUUCACGAACGCGACGAAUGCCUGCGUGAGGAACAGCGGCGCGAGGCGAAGAUGCGCGAAGAGAAGAUGCGCGAGGAACGCCAUCGCAGGUUGAGGGCUACCGGUUCGCGGCCGUCGUCCUGCUCAUCCUCCGAGUCCUCAUCGUCCUCGCGUGGCCCCUCCUCUCGCCGGUUGUCCCAUUCACGGCCCGCCCAACCUCGCUACUCUAUCUCGCGCCGCAUCGACCGCGCCGUUGCCGCCGAGGUGCUCGCGCGCCCGCGCUUCUGCGGACCCGACGAUGAGGUCGAUGAUGGGUAUAUCGGCGAGGACGAUGCUGAUUCCCCCUAUGCGUACGCGUCGCGGUGGACUGCCGUGGAGAAAUUGAAGACGACUGCCGUCAGGGUGGUCGGGUACUAA